UCAUGACAGAUCGAUAACGACCUAACCUUACAAAACUGAGUGAUAGAAGUAAAAGGCAAAUGUGCCGCCGGUGAUAAAGAUAUUCUAAAUAUUGCCACGUUUAUGAUUAGUGCAAUAACAAGCCAUUUCUCAAGAAUUCGUAACUUAUCAUGAAAUUGUGGUUAUGUUUGAUAAUAAGUUUCCUAAGUUACGUCCCCGAAAUAGAAUGUUUAGAUCAAAUUCUUUAUGCCAUAAACUGUGGAGGUGAGGCUCACACAGACUCCCAUGGGAUUCGAUACGACAGAGAUCCUUUGCAUGGCAAAAUUGGAAUUGCAUCGGAUUACGGCAAACGGCUACUAAUUGGGAGAGUACCACCCAACGACCACAUUUUAUAUCAAACCGAGAGAUAUCACACAAAUACUUUUGGAUACGACAUCCCUGUGAAUGCAGACGGAGAUUAUGUGCUUGUUUUAAAGUUUUCCGAAGUAUAUUUUAAUGCACCCAACCAAAAGGUGUUCGAUGUCGUCCUUAACGGAGACCACACCAUUGUCACAGAUUUGGAUAUUUUUGAGAAAGUUGGGCGAGGAGUCGCUCAUGACGAGUACAUACCAUUUAAAAUAUCAAAAGGGCGCCUGAUUUAUGGUAAUGAAGAGUCUGAGAUAAGAGGGUCGAAAAUAAGGGUGGAAUUCAUCAAGGGUUAUAAGGAUAACCCAAAAAUUAACGCGAUAUACGUAAUGAGAGGGAAAGUUGAGGACGUACCCAAACUACCGCCAAUACCUGUAGAACCUGAUCCAAUUGAAGAGUACAAGGAAGAACCUGAAGUAGUUCCAAAAAACCUUAGACCUAGUGGACCUAAACAACCUGAUCCAUAUGCAAUGGACGAUUCUUCAGUUAUGUUACCUGUUUUUAUAGCAAUUGGAGCUUUUAUACCGUUACUAUUUUGUCUUUGCAAAUUGUGAUGACAGUUUUUUAAACACGAUGUGAUUAUGCCAGUGUUAUUUUCAGUUUUUUUUAUGUACAGAAAAAAUCUUAAGUACUGGUAAAGAGAUUUGUAAUGAGUGUGAAUAUUUGCAGUAUUAUCAGUUUGCUGAUUACUUAUUUAGGUCAUUCUUUUUUCUGCUGUUAAAGAUUCUAAUAUAGAAGUACAUAAAUAAAGACUUUAUAACUAACGUUUAAAUAUAAAGACUUUAUUAAG